ACUAGUAAACAGUAUAAAUAAAUCAAACGACGCUCCUUCUUUGUAAGAUUUCAAGAUCAACAUUUCGCCUUCUCUCUUCAGACAAAGUACAAGGGUCGUUUUUGUCUGUCUUUUACUACGUCGUUUCGAGCUAGGGUUCCGCCUCCGAUCUAACUGCUAAGGAAGUUCAACCCACCAUGUCCACGCACUCAAAAUCCAGUGUUUACAUAGGUAAUUUGGACGAGCGAGUGAGUGAGAGAGUUUUGUAUGAUAUUCUAAUUCAGGCGGGGAGGUUAGUAGACCUACACAUUCCUCGGGACAAGGAAACCGACAGACCUAAAGGUUAUGCUUUUGCAGAGUAUGAAUCUGAGGACAUUGCUGAGUAUGCUGUUAGGCUCUUCUCUGGUCUUGUGACUCUCUACAAUCGGACACUGAAGUUUGCGAUUUCUGGGCGAGACAAGCCUUCACAUAAUACUCCUUCGACGGUCGCAUCCGCAUCUAGUUUUCCUCACAAACUGAGGUCUGCUCCAUCACCAAUUAACAGUAUGGAAAUCUCUCCGAAUUCCAUUGGUUUAUCAACACCCAGAAUUUCAGACUUUCCACUAAACUAUCCCCCAGUGCCCACUCCCCCUGGUGUAAAUAAACAAUCUAAUGGGUAUGGAUUACCUAACAAUGGCAACAAUUACGAAUAUAGUCGAAGAGUUAUUGGGGCAACUUUGGAUACCAUUAGUCGCUCUAGGUCACGCCGCCAUGAUAUGAGCAACCCAAUCUCCUAUCCCUCUUACUAGAAUUUAAUAUGAAGGUGAUUAGGUGUCAGACCUUUUCCAUGGCUAAUCUUUCUGGUAAAUUAGCAACUUAAGUGUAUUACUGGUGUGAGUAUUUAGUGGGUAGUGGAAGAUUCUCCAUUUGAGUAAGCUAGUUUGUAUUGCUAGUAUGUCCAUUCAUAGGUGUACCCAGGUAUGUAUAUUUGUUGUGCUUCCUGUGUUUAGAUUUGACUAGUUGUAGUUUUGUUCAUGUAGUUAAUGUAGUUUGAUUAAUUAACAGUAAGAUGCUUCUCUCAAGAGGCUGAACUUUGGAAUUCAAAGAAACAAGUUUAUCUUAUGAUUGUUUAUUUAUGUACUCCAUUUGGAAUCAUUAUAUCUUUUUUUAUCAUAAUUUUAAUGUUUUUCAUUUUUGUUCUGAUUUAUUGUAUGUAAUUGUGGACAUUUAAAGCAAAGCUUGAUGGAGUUCCAUUGAAAUCAUGAGACUGGUUCUCCGUGAUGGGUUUCUUAUGUUACUUGGAAAACAAAGAAUUUAAAAACUAAAAGAACUGGUCUUCAUCCUCCCAAGAGAUCCAAUUCAUCCUUUUUGUUAAUCUGACCCGUCAAUAAAGAAGUUGAUAAAACAUUAAGAUGCCCCGUCAAUAUGGAGGAGAGGGAAAAACGAUGAUUUAAUUGUGGAUUGGUAUCCUUUUCCCAAAUCCCACAAGUUUCAACUAGCAAGGGAAAUGCACAACCUAGCACGGGUAAGAAAUGGAACACUAUAAAUCAGUUCUGGACAAUUACAAGUUGUACAAUGUAUGGGCUGGGAGAGAGGGUAUCCAUAAUCUAUCUUCCUAAUUGACUUAUCAAAACUAUAUCGUCCUAACAAACUCGUACCCUAUGGUGGUGAGGAUGCCAAUCCUAAAGAGUGGCAGAGGGAGUAUUGGCCGUGAAGAGGUGGACAUAUUGCCGCGGGGAGUUUGAUCGGGAGUUAGAGAAGGAUAACGGCAUCGGAUUCGGGUUCCAGUAUCUUGUUUGAAGGACCCAAGAAGCUUAUGGCUGUCCCCAAGAGGAAGGUGAUGUGUUUAUAUAGUUUGGGGUUUCGGGGUUUGUAUUAGCUAUGUUGGAUAUGGUUGUUUCGGGGCUUAGCCAAAAAAACACUCAAAUUUACUUGUUUGUUUAGAAAAGAUAAAUACUUUCCUUCACUAUUGAAAUUCAUGCUCAGGUACUUAUUUGCC